CCGGUCGCUUGGCGGGAGUUGGCGCGGCGCGCGCCGGUCGUGUCCCCUUGGCCAUGCUGUGCCGCGCGCUGCUCCGCCGCGCCGCCGAGCCCGCCGGUCGGUCCUCAGCGCUUCCCCUGCAGCAUCUCCUGGAGAGCUACCAGUGCAGCCAAGAAGAUGACCACCUCUCUUGCGGGGAAACGGGAAUGCCUGUCCCUCCUUUCGGCUGCACCUUUUCUACAGCCCCAAAUUUGGAGCACAUCCUGGCAGUUGCAAAUGAAGAAGGGUUUGUUAGACUGUAUGAUACUGAAGCACAGGGCACCAGCAAGCUCAUCUUUAAAGAAUGGCAGGCUCACUCAAAUGCUGUAUUUGACCUUGCCUGGGUGCCAGGGGAACACAGGAUUGUCACUGCUUCAGGAGAUCAGACAGCCAAGGUGUGGGAUGUGAGAGCUGGUGAACUUCUUGGCAUAUGCAAAGGUCACCAGUGUAGCCUCAAGUCAGUUGCUUUUUCCAGAUUUGAGAAAGCUGUUUUCUGUACUGGAGGGAGAGAUGGAAACAUCAUGGUUUGGGAUACCAGGUGCAACAAGAAAGAUGGCUUUUACAGGCAGGUGAAUCAAAUCAGUGGAGCACACAACAUGGUUGACAAGCAGACUCCUUCCAAACUGAAGAAGAAGAGGCAGAGCCUGAGAGGACUUGCUCCCUCGGUGGAUUUCCAGCAGAGUGUAACUGUGGUGCUGCUUCAGGAUGAGCAUACUCUGAUCUCUGCAGGAGCUGUUGAUGGUGUGAUCAAAGUGUGGGACUUGCGCAGGAACUACGCCGCUUUCCGCCAGGACCCGCUGCCCGUCAGGUCUUUCUGCUACCCUGGAACCAGCACUCGCAAGCUCGGAUAUUCUAGCCUGGUUUUGGAUUCCACUGGUGCUAAUCUGUUUGCCAACUGCACUGAUGACAGUAUCUACAUGUUCAAUAUGACAAGUUUAAGGACCACUCCAGUGGCUGUUUUCAGUGGACACCAGAAUUCAACCUUUUACAUCAAAUCCAGCAUCAGCCCUGAUGACCAGUUCCUGGUCAGUGGCUCGAGUGACUGCAGCGCGUACAUCUGGAAGGUUUCUGAGCCCAGCCUUCCUCCACGUGUACUCCUUGGUCACUCUCAGGAAGUUACCUCCAUUGCUUGGUGUCCUUCAGACUUCACUAAGAUUGCCACAUGCUCUGAUGACAACACUGUGAGGAUUUGGCGCUUACAACGAUGUCCUCAGGAAGAGAAAUCAGUAUACAGAAAAGCCAACUUGGUGGGCUGGGUCACUCAGAGGAAACCAGAAGAACAACAUGGAGCAGGGCCACUAGCCAGCCCACAAAGCACUCCUGCCAAGGCCCUGACAGCAGGCAGCGUGUGCAGUUCCUCACCGCGGCCUGCGGCCUGUGCUCCCACUCACUCCGGGGACCUUCCGCUGCCCACCAACACUCCCACAGUCGCUCUCAAAACCCUGACUGCCACUGCCUCCACCCCAGCCAAGCCACCUGGAGCCAGCCCCUGUGCGUCUCCUAAACUGAUCUCUUCCUCCAAAAUGACCAUCAAACACUGGAUUACAAGGACUCCAUGCUCUUCUCCUCCAGAAGUGGAGAAAAAGGCUUCUUCUCCUAGGAAAGCCCUGGCAGAAGUCACCCAAGUUACUCAGGGUUGCCUGGAAGCUGCUUGCCCUCCUCAAGUCCCACACUCACAGUUUGAAAAGCGUGCCAAGAGAAGGCUUGACUGCAGCAAGGAGGCUGAUGUGGGGCAGAAGUGUCUGCAGGCCUGUAGCUGUGUGACUGAGCUGGACCAUGCAGCUAAGAAAUCCAAGCUGAAUUUAUGUCACUUGGUUCCAGAGGAAAAAGCUGCUGAUGAAGACUCUCUCAGUCUGGCUGACUUGUGUAGCAACCAUGAAGGCUCCAGCCACAGCCCGAAAGAGCCUUCCCUUUCUGGAAGCCAUAUUAAUCCAUCAGGCAUUCAAACUUCCCCCUAUCUUUUCAUAUCUCCACAUGGGAAAGACACUGAGGUAGUAGAUAAAGAGAACAGUUCUCCUGAAACAAAAAAUUGGUUGUCUGCUCUGGGAGAGAAGCUACGGACUGGCAGACCUGGCAGCCAGAGCACACCAAAUAGCCCCCUGUCACUCUGCAGCCCCGGUGCCAAAAGACAAGAGUCUGUGGCAGUGGCCACUUCGCCGAAAACUGCUGCAGCCACUUCAAUUUCCAUGAGGAAGAUCUGCACAUACUUCCACAGAAAGCCACAGAAUGACUGAAACAGCAUGUGGUGGUUGCACCUGAGGCAUGUUGACACUGAGCUAUCAAGACCAGGCUUAACAAUGCCAGCAACGAUGCACCAGCAUUACACCAUUUGUUGUCGGACCUUCAUAGACUUGAGGUUUUAGUCUUCCUGUUUUUAAAGCUGUUAGCAGUUAAAGUGAGCUGAGUGUGUAAAAUCUACACAAUACUUACUCGUGGUCGCUUUCUGACUUCUAGGGUAUGUAUUUUUUUAAUAAACAAAGUAUUUUUAAUGUGGCAACUGUUCUAGUCCAAAGACAGCCACAGCUCUGCUGUGUAUUGUUGAUAGGCACCUAUAGCUUGUCAGUUUGUUAUUAAUCUGCUGUUCAAACUGCCUCUACUUAAGAGUAGUGUGUCAAUCAUUGCACCCUCCUGAAAAGUAAGUGUUGGAAUGUGUGUACAGAAAUUUACUGGAGGUACAUCUGAUCCUCUAAAUACUGAAUGGCAUUUCUGGAGUUAUUCCUCUAGUACUGCAAUGACUGCCUGCUUCCAGCAGGGAAGUUAGAAAUGUGUUAAUUGAAUCUAAAACCCUUUUAAAUAGCCUAUGUCCAUCUGAUGGUGACUAUGGUAUAAGAGACAAAGUAUAAUCAAGUACAUAAUGCCUGUUCUCCCCUUGCCAUCCUCUUUCUUCUCCCACCCUGGAAACUACUGUAUUUACCUACUUAGCUGCCUCUUGAACAAUCAGCACUACAGCUCUUAAGACCAAAAGUUUAUCACUUUUCUGAAAUGAAAUACUGGCAAGGCAUGUUUGAGGAAUUAGUUUGACCUAGCCUAAAUAGGCAUCCAUAACAGCCCACUGCCAGUCAGCUCUUACAGGUUCAGCCUGUAGCAAAGGCAUUAGUAACUACUUAUAACACACCUUCAUAACAGUUUUAUAAUACAGUAGUUACAAAAUAAUACCUUGUAAAUUUUGGGAGAGGCAACUGACAUUUUAGAAAGCACUUGAGAGCAUUUACAUAUUAAUAUUAAAUGCUUUGCCAUUGUGUGUUGUCCCUGAUGCUGAUAGAAGGUCACUGAAAUGAGAUCACUGUCCUGGCUAAUGACACCAAUUCCUCAGCCACGCUUUCCCCAGGAUCUUCUAAUAGAAGUAGGAUCUUCUAGUAGAAGAUCCCUACCUUAUGUUGGAGCAUUUACUGUUUUCUGGUGUAAUACUUCCCAUGAACUUCAAAACCAAUCAAACCCUUUGAAUCCCUAUUAAAUUUUUUGACUGCAGAAGAAUUGAGGUAUAUGAAGGGGAGAUGAUCCCACUAACUUAGGUUUUCUAUCUUAAAUUGUAACACCUACUUUCCUGUAACAUUGGAAAGUAGGGUAGCUGAAAGGGAUUAGAAGGAAACAGGAUGGUUUGUACUUUGUGGUAGAUUGUAUUUUGCAAAGAAAUCAGUUACUUGAGAGACAAUGGCUUCUGUUAAAGGUCUGUUACAGCUACAAAACAAAAGGAAAUGUAUAGUGUGCUUUUUUAAAAAAAAAGAAAAGGAAUUACUGUCAUGUUGCAUCUUUUAGCAGAAGCUCUUGGGUACAAAUAGGGGCCAGGACAGUUUUCUUGUGUUUGCUGAAUUACAGGCCAUCAUCCUAUGAAUGCGUCAGGCAUAUUUUUAUAGUUCUUCUUUUAAAAAAAUGGAUUUUUUAAAAGUGAUUAUCUGAAUAGAUCUAGUAUCUUAGGCAAAACAGGAAUAUAAAAAUAUCUGCUAGUUUAAUUUUAACCUACUUCUGUAUAUUGAAAUACAUGGAAGUAGUAGAAACAUAACCUAAAAUAAGUAGGUUUGGGAUUUAAUUCUGUCUUAAUUUUAAUUAUUAGAGCAACUUUGUGGGGUACAACCUGCCUUGCUUCAACCAGAUUUUCAUGCAGGAUUCUUCCAUGCAGUUUCUAAAAAACAUUGCAGAGUAAAGAGAUGUUAACCCUAUUGAAGUAAAUGAGAGUCAUCAGACACUUCAACAAUAGGAUUUUUUGUUUCUCCACUUUUCCAUAGUAUUUUACUCCUCCAGAAACGUUCUGCAACCAAACCAUUGUCUCCUGUAUCUUGUAAAUGUCUACCUAGAGAUGAUAUACACUAAUGGCUUACCACCUGGAUGAAUAAUAUUCUGUGGGCAUGUGAGAUCUUCUUUUAGGCGAUACUUGUUUAGUGGAACAACUUGUUUUAUGGACCACUGGGCAUUUAUUUUUUCAUCUGAAGCUGGUGUCAACCUGGUUCAGAGUCUAGGAGAAUUAACUGAAACGUAUUUUUCUAAGACCAACUGCCUUGACCUUAUUGUGAUAAAAUCAAAAUUGCAAAAGCAUGGAAAAAUUGCUUAUACAAAUUGUGUGCCAGGUGGUUCAAGGUAACCAGUGCUGCCUUUACCUUAGAAGCUUGAUAAAAUAAGCAUUCAGAGAACUGCUUUCAAUUGUUUUGGGACAGCAAGCCAUACCUCAGAAUUUUCUUUCCUUCUAAAGGAUUUGCAGAAUCUCUUACCUCCAUGUUCUAUAAUAAAAUUAAGCCUUUUAAGGUAUUAUUCCCAAAUCCUACAUAUGUAUGUAAAUCCCACCUUAAGUAUCUUAUAGGUUUUUCUAGGCAGCUGAUAGUGAUUCCUGAUGUCUUGUCUCUGUCCUCAGUGUUUACCUUUACCCUCUGACUGCCAAGUGGGAUUCUGAUGGUGCUACAUCCAACAGUUAUUGCUGCUGCUCUGUUGGAAGUUGUGCCUCCCUCUGCUCAGCUGUGAGCAGCCAACCAGUUUGGAUUUUGGGCAGCCUGACAGCAACUGGGGCUAGCCCUGCUGGGCAAAACUGGGCAGGCAAAACUGGCAGAUCCCAGGAUCUGUGCAGCUGCAUGGUCAGCAAGCCUGGGCAAGCAUUUCUGCUGGGAGCAGCACUCACUUAAGAGGCCCUUGGGGCAGCUAGCAGCCAAGAAAACCUAAAUUGCCUCAGUUCUCUGCCUCAGCAUCUAGCUAUAGACCAUGGAGGAGACAGAUGUGAACGUGUGGGGACAACAUUGCCACCAAGGGAACUGUCCUGUCAAACUACCUCUUGAUGUGUAGAGUUGGCAUCUGGUGGAAUUCAAUGUCUUGUUGGUUGGGGAGUGCUUGAGUGUUCCUCUGGCACAGUUGUUUCUGCAGCCACUGAACAUGGCUGGAAUCUCCAAUAUGGUCCAUAUUACCUUUGAGUGUCCACCUUGUACAGUGGUUACUGAGAUGACAGAAAAUGCACUGGCAUGGCUUAGAAAAACGUUCUAGUUGCUCUCUGUGUGUGGUUUAUAAGUUCUUAAGAAGUUUUGUUUAGAAAUUGAUGCUUUUCAGGCAGGAAUUUGUCAAAAGCAUUUGGUAGCUGGAUAUUCUAAGGUCUGUGUAUAACUCUUGAAGAAGCUCUUCAAGGUCAAAUAUUAAAAGUUUUUCAUGACUAAUACUUCUUUGCCAGUAAAUGGGAAAUUGUGUUCAUCAUCAGGUCCACUACGAUCAAAUGUCAUUUGAUCUGGAGCUGACCUAAACAGUUUUCCAAGUGGAAAUUAUCAUUCUCUUCACAGAACUCAGAACUUCCCCUCUCUCUGAUUUAUGAAUACUACAAUAAAUAAAAUACAUCAUGCUACUAUA